CUGCAGUCCCUCCCCCAGAGGUGACGCGGGAAGGUGACCAGCUCAGGGAGCCCAAACGCCAGGCGAGCCCCCCGGGAAAGAGGCUCAGCUUCCGCCUUCUACCCUCACCCAGUGCAAGUCACAGUGUCUGGGGAAUGAGCGUGUCCCAGGGCAGGUCUAAGUGCCUGAGAUGCUCUUGCCACUGCUCUUAGCCGUGCUGUGGGCCGGGUCAUGGGCUCAGAAUCCAGCUUUCCAGCUGCAGGUGCAGGAGUUGGUGAGGGUGCAGGAAGGCCUGUGCGUGGUCGUGCCCUGCUCCGUCUCCUAUCCCGUAAAAGGUUGGGUUUCCUCCACCCCAGCUUACGGCUUCUGGUUCAAAGACCCGACCGCCACAGACAGUGGUCUGCCAGUGGCCACAAACAAGCCGGAUCGAGACGUGCAAACACACACCCGAGGCCGAUUCCAGCUCCUUGGCGAUCCCAGACAGAAUUGCUCUUUGCUCAUCAGAGAUGUACACAUGGAGGACAGUGCAUUGUACUUCUUUCGGUUGGAGAGAGGCCAUUACGUGCGAUAUAAUUUCGUGGAAUACAAGUUCCGUCUGGAGGUGACAGCCCUGACUCAGAAGCCAGAGAUCUACGUCCCAGAGACUCUGAAGCCUGGGCACCAGGUGACGCUCAUCUGUAUGUUUCACUGGACCUUUGAGGAAUGUCCAGCCCCUACUCUCUCCUGGAGGGGGGCCACCGUCUCCUCCCACGAGGCCAGACCAAGAACUUCCUACCUCUCAGCCCUCACCUUCACACCCAGACCCCAGGACCACGGCACUAAGCUCACCUGUCGAGUGGACGUCUCCAGAAAGGGACUGAGCACAGAGAACAGCGUCCUACUGAGCGUGGCCUAUGCCCCCAAAGACCUGGUGAUCAGCAUUUCCCAGACCGAUGUAUCAGCCCUGGAGCCGCAGGGAAACAGCCCCCAUCUGGAAGUCCAGAAAGGCCAGUUCCUGCGGCUACUCUGUACAGCUGACAGCGUGCCGCUUGCCACACUGAGCUGGGCCCUGCAGGACAGAAUCCUCUCUUGGUCCCACCCCUCGGGCUCCAGAACCCUGGAGCUGGUGCUGUCCCGGGUGAAGGCUGAGGAUGCGGGUCGCUACACCUGCCGAGCUGAGAACGGGCUCGGCUCCCGGAGCCGCAGCCUGGAACUCUCCGUGCACUAUGCCCCAGAGAACGUGACAGUGAUGGUCUCCCAAGGAAAUAGGACAGUCCUGGAAAACUUCAGAAAUGGCACAUCUCUUCCGGUCCUGGAAGGCCAAAGCCUGCGUCUGCUCUGUGUCGCUCACAGCAACCCCCCAGCCCGGCUGAGCUGGGCCCGAGGGGGGCAGACUCUGAGCCCCUCCCAGCCCUCAGAUCCUGGGGUCCUGGAGCUGCCUCAGAUACAAACAGAGCAUGAAGGAGAAUUCACCUGCCGAGCUCAGAACCCUCUGGGCUCCCAGAAUACGUCUCUGAGCCUCUCGGUGGUCUACCCCCCGCAGCUGCUGGGACCCUCCUGCUCCCAGGAGGAGGAGGGUCUGCACUGCGACUGUUCCUCCCGAGCCCAGCCGGCCCCCUCCCUGCGCUGGCGGCUGGGGGAGGGGCUGCUGGAGGGGAGUUUCAGCAACGCCUCCUUCAAGGUCACCUCCAGCUCGGCUGGGCCCUGGGUCAACAGCUCCCUGAGCCUCCGCGAGGGGCUCAGCUCUGGCCUCAGACUCAGCUGCGAGGCCCAGAACGUCCACGGGGCCCAGAGCGCCACUGUCCUGCUGCUGCCAGAUGAGAAGGGAUUCGCCUCCAAAGCGUUUUCCAGCGGAAUAUUUCUAGGAAUUGGCCUCAUGACCCUCCUUUUCCUCUGCUUCAUCCUGAUCGUCGUGAGGGCUCUGAGGAAGAAGUGGACCCAAGCAGAGGUUCCGGCCCCGGCCCCGGCCCCGGCCCCGGCCCCGGGAGAGACUCCGAGGUCCAGGGUCUCACGGAGGAGCACGCUCCUGGAUUACAUCAACGUGGUCCCUAAAACUGGCCCCCUGGCUCAGAAACAGAAAACCAAACCAAGCAGUCCUUCCUGGGCCACUGUUCCAGAUGCUCACCCCCCGGAACCCAGAAAGAACCAGAAGGAGCUCUAUCUCGUUUCCCACAAUUGUCCAGGACCCAAAUCAUCCACUCAAGCCCCAGAAUCAGAGAACAACCAGGGGGAGACCCAUUAUGCUGUCCUCAACUUCCCAGGCCUCAGACCAUGGAACACCCAGAGGCCCAAGGAUACUCACCCAGAGUAUGCUGAAACCCAGUUCCACUGAGCGUCUGUCUGCUGGGUUGGAGGACUUGGAUCCAGGCCGGGGAGAAAGGCAGAACAAUUGGGAAGAGGAGAACAGAGUGUAUAGCCUGUCUGUCUUUCUGUCUCCCUCUCUCAUUUCAUCGUCCAAGGAUGGGAUGAUCCCAUCCCAGAUCCUAGCAUUUUGGAACAGCCUGAUGAAUGUCUCUAGAGCGGCCUUCUCCAAAUACACUGUUCUAAACAAGGUAAAGCUUUUCCUCUGACACACCUAGGCACCACCCUGGCUGAAUACUCACAGUCUGUUUCUCAGCGGUGGGAGGACCUUUAAAGGUGAUCAGGCGCUCAUCUUUGCCAACAUCACAGGUCAAGUCUGGGCGGCUGCCUAGUUUGCUGCCGCCUGUGAGCCCAGAGUGUGUUUUACAUUUUAAAUGGUUAAGGGGAAAAUCAAAAGAAGGUUGCUUUAUGUUGCAUGGAAAUGACUUGAGAUUCAAAUUUCAGUGUCCACGAAUAAAACUUUAUUGGAAUGCA